AUGGAACGGCCCUUCAGCGCGUCCCCCGAGGCGCGACGCGCGACGCUGAACGACGCGCUGACGUCGUCGCACGGCCUCGUGCUCCUGCGCGGCGGGUUAGAGCGCAUCACCCCGCGGGAGCUGGUGGACAUCUCGCGAGCUAUCGGUCGCGGCGAGGUGGAGACGAACCCGGGCGUGGACGCCAAGUUCCUCGAGGCGGACGCGCGCGAGGUGCAACGCAUCGGAAACGUCGUCGACGCGAUCACCGGGGAACCGCGCGCCAUGUUCGCGCGCGCGCCGCCGCUCCCCGUGGACCCCACCUGCGGGAAGACCUCGCUGACGUACGACCCGAAGACGCGCUCGCCGGUGUGGCACACGGACCAGGCGUUCCGCGACCCGCCGCCGUACGCGUCGGUGUUGUACUGCAAGACGGCGCCGCCGCCGGGCGCGGGCGGCGCGACGAUCUUCGCGGACGUCACCGCCGCGUACGCCGCGCUGCCGGAGGAUAAACGCUUGGAGUUGGAGCGUUACCGAGCCGUGUGCUCGUACGCGCACCACAACGCGAAAGUUCGGAAGCGCGGGACGCCGUCGUAUCCGUUGUUAACCCCGGAACAGCGCGCGGAGCACCCGCCGGUGUAUCAGCCGUUGGUGUUGACGAACGCGGCUACGGGGGAGAAGUCAGUCUACGGCUUCAACAGCUCCGUGUGCGCGGUCGUCGCCGAGGGCGAAACGCUUUCACAGGAGGCGUUAGACAUAUACGACCUUCAAGGCGAGGAGCACGAGAGCGUGUCCAGGAUCAUGUACGACGACUUGCUGCCGCACUGCACGAGACCGGAGUUCGUGUACGAGCACGAGUGGAUGGAGGGCGACGCGUUGAUUUGGGACAACAUGCGAACGAUCCACGCGGCGACGCCGCUGGAGGACGGGUCGCACGCGCGGGAGAUGUGGCGGACCACGGUCGCGAGUUGA